CUCUCACAACCCACGUGAAUUCUCUUCUCUUGGCAAGAUGUGUUGCAACUACGGCAACUCCUGUGGCUAUGGCUGUGGAUAUGGCUAUGGCUGUGGAUACGGUCCCUAUCAUGGCUGUGGUUAUGGCCUGCGUUAUGGCUGUGGCUAUGGCUCAGGGUAUGACUGUGGCUAUGGCUCCUGCUGUGGCUCUGGCUGUGGAUAUGGCUGUGGCUAUGGCUAUGGCUCUAACUGCUGUGGCUACCGGCCAUUUUUCUAUAGAAGAUGUUAUUCCUCUUGCUGGUAGAACAUCACUGUCCAAGCCCCACUUGCUUCUGAAAAGACACGCCUUAAGAGAAGACUCAUUCAAGGAUCUAUACCCCAAGAUUUAUAUAUC